GUGAGGUUUGGAAGCAUGCAGUGGUAGCACAUGUCCCAGCGGCCGAGAGCCUAGCAUUAGCGGGGAUUAGACACGCAAAACACUGUCCAGGCAUUGUUUCGAAAUGAUAAAUAGCGAUGGAUAAUUACCAGUUCCACUGAACUCUUGCUGUUACAUCAAGAGAUGUAGUAACGGGGCCGUGCGGAGCCACUCGGCCCGGUGUCACGUUGAUUUCCUGUGUGGAGGAUCAGUCUGAAGACCCUCCCUCCCUGCACCGCAAGAUAAGAGGCACACAGAUCAUUUGGGAUUAGUGCGAGUCCGAAAGCACACGAGGAACUCUGACCAAAUCAAAAUCUGACUUCUCUCAACAGCUUUGAUCAGAACAUCAGCCAGACCCACAGAGAUCCUACAGAGGAAGAUUUUGGAGAGGUGCCUGAUGAAGAUGAAGAUGUUUUUUUGCAGUCUGCUUGUUGUGUUGGGAGGAGAUGUCCUCCUGGCCUGCUCUCUGAAGAACUACACGCUGUACGUGGAGAGACACGAGUGCGGUCACUGCAUGGCCAUCAACACCACCAUGUGCAGCGGAAUGUGCUACACACAGGACACAAACGUGCGAGGAUUUGUGGGCAAGCGUUUCCUGAUUCAGAAAGGAUGCAUGCAUCAUUCUCUGGUCUAUCACUCUGCUAAGAUGCCCGGCUGUCCCGUCGACAUUGACCCGCUCUUCUUUUAUCCGGUGGUACGCCAGUGCCGCUGCACAAAAUGCAACACUACCAAGAACGAGUGUGUCUACAAUCCAAAACACACUCCCAGCAAAUGCUCCGAGCACCUGCUUGCCGACUGAAUCAAUCGACCAGGGGCUGCCCUCCUCACUAUAAGAUUACCCUUUUUUUUUUUUCCUCCUAAUGUUUUGGUAACAUUUCUUAAUGUUUUAUUAGAAAGUGUUUCUGAAUUCAAUAUGUGUGGUUUUGUAACAAUGUUGUAAUGCAUGUAUAUAUGUGUAUAUAUAUAUAUAUAUAUAUAUAUACAUACACACACAUACAAAACUCAGCUAUAAUGUCUUGCAGAUGAGAGACGGUCUUUGUUGUGGUUCUCCUGUCUGUAUCGUUUUCACUAUAAAUGUCUGCAUUAAUCACUCAAGUCUCAUUUAUUGUAACUCAUAAUAUCAUUCACUACUUUUUUAUUUAUUUAGUGAUUUUUUACAAGGAAAGGCUUCCUUUUUAUUUAGACAGAGAAAAAACACCAUUACCAGAGCACCAGAAGUAUAUAUACUAAACAAAAAUAACACAUAUAAAUCUCCACAAUAACAAUAAAAUGCUCUUGACUUUGAUCUUUAAUGUAUGAGAGCAAUUUUAAAAAACUUGACUUUUUAGGUUACACCAAAGAGGCUUGUAGAAUAUAUUUACAUAUAAAUUGCAAAUUUUGUCAAGUAUGUAUGUUUGCAUGUGUGUCAGAAACAAAAUAGGACAAUUUGGCAAAAAAUGUAUUUUAAACUGUUACUAAUUGAUGAUGAUGAUGAUGAUGAUUACACGUUUUAUUAUGAAAUCAGCAAAGUAUAUAAAUAAUGUUGUGAAAACUGAAAAAUAAACAUUAAUGAUAAUAUUUGGUCUGACAUUGCCAUAUUAUGAAAAUUGCAUGUAAUGGAUUUGUGUGACUUGUUUUCUGAAACAAAAUGUUUUUACAAUAUAUA